AUGCUGUUGGUGAACGUCCCGAAGACGCGCAGGACUUACUGCAAAAAGUGCAAAAAGCACCAACCCCACAAGGUUACCCAGUACAAGAAGGGAAAGGAUUCCCUCUAUGCACAGGGUAAGAGGAGAUACGACCGCAAGCAGAGCGGCUACGGUGGCCAAACAAAGCCCAUCUUCCGUAAAAAGGCUAAAACAACAAAGAAGAUCGUGUUGAGGCUUGAGUGUGUGGAGCCCAACUGCAGAUCUAAGAGAAUGCUGGCCAUCAAAAGAUGCAAGCACUUUGAGUUGGGUGGUGACAAGAAGAGAAAGGGCCAGGUCAUCCAGUUCUAAGCUGUGGUUCUUCGUCGUUUUCAAUAAACGUGUUCAAAUUUACAA